GCAGUAGGUCGCAGUGAUCGCCCGUGGCGCGCAGCGUCCAACAGCAUCAGCAGCAGCAAUGUCCGCCAGCAGGCUCUGGCAGAGUCUCUCAUUUGGAUUCAUCAAUCCUAUCUUGCGUGAGGCUGCCGUUAGCACGGACUUGAGCGAAUCGGAUGCUGUACACAUUUUGCCAGCGACAGACUCCGCGCCGGUUCUUUGCGAGCGUUUUCAGCGCGCCUACUCGCUUGAGGUGAAUCCAUACAUGGCUUACAUGAAACGGACAAAUUUCAGCUAUGUUUCUUGUGGCCGCACUGCUCGCACUGCAGCAUUAAAAUUUGAAUCGCCACCCGCGCGCACGACCACUGCACGUUUCCACAUUAUGAUUUGCAGGGAUCAUCCGAAGGCUUUACCAGCAGAAGUCCACCGGGGGCGCCCCGGGCUCCCUGGAGUACUCCCUUCUUCCGGGCCCUGUGGGCUCUACAUGGCCGGGCUAUCCUCUGGCAACAGACGCUGUGCAUGGUGGAGGUGGCCCUCACGUUGAUUACGCCGGUGCUACUCCGCGAACUACUGCGUUGGCUCCAGGCAGCUGUUUCGCCACACGAUGGGAGCAGUGGAGCCGACAAUAUUGAACACGUGCCUAAGCCGCCUGAAUGGAAGGGCUGGGUCCUGGCGGUGGCGCUGGGCUUGUGCAGCAUGGCCAUGCCCAUGAUGCUGCAUCACCACAAAUGGUGAGGGCAUGUGCACGCGUGUGUAGGGGGUGGGGUGUGAGGGGCGGGAUCUGUAAUGAACAUGAGUCGUGAGACGCUACCGGUAACACGCAGCCCAUGACAAGCAGGGCCCACGGCGGGGCGGCCCUUUCUGAACGUGCACGCACGGAAUCAAGUUGAAGGAUGAUGCCUUAUUGGGGUCGCAGGCGCUGCGCUAGUACGGUUUGUACGGCGGGGUGGGCAGGGCGGGUAAUGCACUGGUUGUGCCUCACGCAAGCGUGUUGCGUUUUUUCAAGCACAUCAAUAAGCAUCUGCCACUAUCCCACACACGUGUUGCAUGGUGCAUGCAGGGUGGGCCUGCGCACGUCUUUGCGCAUGCGCCAGGAGGCUGUGGCAGCCAUCCACGCAAAAGUGAGUGAGCUGCUAGGUCGUCAUUACUAUGCAUACUGCAUGCCUACACAAUACCAUAGCAAGCGGUGGCGACAAAUAGGCUGGUAGGGGAAUUAGCUGCUACCGUUGCAUCCUCCAGUGCGCGAUUCCAGUGAGCGCGCCAGCACGCGAACACUGGAUUCCGACUCCUCGUGUGACCGAUGCCUACCUUUGAGAAAGCAAGCGGGCUAGACUGACGCCUUCCUGCUGAGCAUCCUAACGCCCGCUUCACUCGGCACACACCUUGACGCCUGCAUCCGCAGCUGUUGCAUCUCAGCAUGUCACCAGGCGCGGCGACAGUUGCAAGCGGCCAGCCUGCUGCCGCCGACAGCAGCUCUGAUCUCUCGGCGGGCUACAUCAGCACACUGAUAGGCGUGGACGUACGGCGCCUCGAUGACGUGGCUUACUACUGGCCUUACAUCUUUUCAGUGCCGUUUCAGCUUGCGGCAGUCCUCGUUAUGGUACGGUUAUUAGCUAGGUAGCACGCGUUUAGUUGUCUGGAGCUUUGAUUGGGGAGUGUUUGCAUCAUGAUAGAGGCCGCCGCCAUGGAGGGAGGCAAAGCAAGCUGCGAACUCGCGUUCCUCAUUUCUGUGUGUGCAGGUGGGCCUGGAGCUGGAUUUUGUGUCUGCGGUAGCGGGCUUGGCAAUAUGCUUGGCGCUUAUCCCAGUGCAAGUUGUGCUGGCCGACUACAUCAGCAACCUGAGGUGCGUUGUGGGGGGUGGGAGGUGGGGGUGGGGGUGGGUGGGUGGGGGGGAGAGAUCUGGAAGGCGCGGAGGUGGCCGUGGUGCGGGGCAAGGGUGCAGGGUCGGGUGAGGGGACGCGGCUGGUUUGCCCGCCCUUGACAGCUCCACCUGUCCGAAUCCGCCACGGGA